AUGGCUUCCAAUUCGACAUUUGCGUCCGGAAGGGAUCAAAAAUCAGAAGUUCGACGAAGGAACGUUGGAGAAGCCGCGAAGGGUGACAAUGUUCCUACUAUUUCCAUCUCGGACACUAAGGGAGUCGUGAAGAAAAACUCGUUCCUUGGUGUUCUUGACGAGUGGGAAUUCGUUAUUGCUCCCAUAAUUUUCACGGCCCUUUCGUUCUUUACUCGCAUGUAUCGUAUUGGGUUGUCCAAUAUCGUGACGUGGGAUGAAGCUCACUUCGGAAAAUUCGGCUCCCACUACCUCAAGCGUGAAUUCUACUUUGAUGUCCACCCGCCCCUCGGUAAAAUCCUUGUUGGUCUGUCGGGUUAUCUGGCGGGGUAUAACGGUUCUUUCGAGUUCAAGUCAGGAGAGCAAUACCCCGAAGAUGUCAACUAUACCUUCAUGCGAGUGUUCAAUGCCUUCUUCGGUGUCGUCUGCGUUCCUCUCGCCUACUACACGGCUCGUGAAUUGAACUUCCGUCGACCAACUGUCUGGUUGGUCACUCUGAUGGUUCUAUUCGAGAACUCAUACGCGACUAUUUCCAGAUUCAUUCUCCUCGAUUCAAUGCUCCUUUGUUUCACCUUCACCACCGUCCUUUGCUGGGCCCGAUUCCAUCGGCUACGAAACCAGAGCUUCUCUGUCGAGUGGUUUGCAUGGCUUUUCCUCACAGGUGUUAGUAUCGGCUGUGUCUGCAGUAUCAAACUCGUGGGUCUGUUCUGCACUGCUCUUGUUGGUCUUCACACUGCUGAGGAUCUUUGGAAUAAGUUUGGUGACGUCAAGAUGCCUGUUACCACACUAGCUCGUCAUGUUGUUGCGCGAGUGAUCUGUUUGAUUAUCGUGCCGCUCCUGGUCUAUAUGUUCUCCUUCUACCUCCAUUUCUUGAUUCUUGAAAACACUGGACCCGGUGAUGCCCAGAUGAGUUCUCUCUUCCAGGCCAACCUCAAAGGAACCGAGGUUGGCCGGGAUAGUCCCCUUGAAGUGGCAAUUGGCUCCAAGGUUACUUUGAAAAACAUGGGAUAUGGUGGAGGACUUCUUCACUCACAUGUACAAACAUACCCCGAAGGAUCGACCCAACAGCAAGUGACCUGCUACCAUCACAAGGAUGCCAACAAUGAUUGGUUCAUGUACCCCAAUCGCUACCAGCCAGAAUACGACCCUGAGGCACCAUUGAGAUUUUUGGGCGAUGGAGAUGUCAUUCGUUUGAUCCACGCUCAAACAGGUCGGAACCUACACUCGCACAGUGUUACGGCCCCUAUCACCAAGUCUGACUGGGAAGUGUCCUGUUAUGGCAAUACAACUAUUGGCGAUGAAAAAGAUCACUGGAAGAUUGAAGUCGUCAGUGAUGCUGCCUCCAGGGAUAGGAGCAAAAUCCGCACUCUUACGACCGCCUUCCGACUCCGCCAUGAAGCUCUUGGGUGUUAUUUGAGAGCUGGAACUGUCAAUCUCCCUCAGUGGGGUUUUAAGCAGAUUGAAACAACUUGCGUCAAAGAAAACAAACCCCGCGAUGUUUAUACGCACUGGAAUGUUGAAACACAUGUUAAUGAGAGACUCCCUCCUGGAGACCCAGGUUCAUACAAAUCGCCCUUCUUCAAGGACUUUAUUCACUUGAACGUUGCCAUGAUGACGUCGAACAAUGCACUUGUCCCUGAUCCCGAUAAGCAGGAUGACUUGGCCUCCAAAUUCUGGCAAUGGCCACUUUUGCAUGUCGGUUUGAGAAUGUGCUCUUGGGAUGACAAUAUCGUCAAAUACUUCCUGCUGGGAAACCCCCUCGUCUACUGGGGAAGUACUGCCAGUCUCUUGGGAUUCGGCCUGAUCGUCGCUUGGUACCUCAUCCGAUGGCAACGUGGUUAUGUGGAUUUGAGUCCCAGUGAAAUUGAUCAAAUCCACUACGCUGGUAUCUACCCAUUGAUCGGUUGGGUCCUCCACUAUCUCCCAUUCGCCGUCAUGGCUCGUGUCACCUACGUCCAUCACUACUAUCCUGCUCUUUACUUCGCUAUCUUGACGGCCGGGUUCUGCGUUGAUUGGGUUACCCGAAAACUCGGCACAAAGGUACAAUGGGCCAUCUAUAUACCUCUCUAUAUUGCUGUAAUCUCCUUAUUUGUCGUAUUCAAGGAUAUUGUCUUUGGUAUGGAGGGAUCAAACCGGCAAUGGGAGUACUUGAAGUGGCUAAGCACAUGGCGCAUCAGCGAUUAA